AAAGUUUAACACAUGAUGGAAGGAUCCAAAGGAGGAGGAGGAGGAGGAGGAGAUGGAAGAGUUGGUGUUGGAGACGACGACUUGGGAGAUGGAAUGCAAUGCAUUAAUCAUCCUUAUAGGAAUGAUCCACGUGCAAUCUGUGCCUUUUGUCUUCAAGAGAAGCUAGGGAAGUUGGUUUCUUCUUCUUUUCCUUUACCUAUUCGUCCCUCCCUUUCUUCUUCUUCUUCUUCACCUCCUCCUUUUACAUCUGACUCCGGCGGAAAUGGCGGUGGUGGUGCUUCUGUUUCUUCACUGUCUGUCGUUCGUCCCAUAUCCACGAGGAAUGAUAAUACUACUGGUCAUUAUGAAGAGUGUUAUACGAGGAAAGCUAGGAUCCCUUUCCUGUUGGCGAAGAAGAAGAAUAAGAAGAUGAUGGAUGAAUCUUCCGGUCAUCCUUAUCAUCAUCACCAUCACCAUGAUGCUAAUAUUGUUUUUAAGAGAAGCAAGUCGACUGCUGCUCCCAUUAGAGGUCGGUUCUUGGAUGGUGACAAUGGUGGGGACUUCAUCCCUAGAAAAAGAUCUGGUUUUUGGUCUUUUCUCAACCUUUCUUCCAAGACCCAUGGUUCGAAAAAGCUAGAUAAAGUUUCUUCUGUUGGAACCCCGCUGGCCACUUCAUCAGCGGUGGCGAUAGUUGCAGCUGGAGGAGCUUCGUCUUCUGGUCCAAAAGAUAAAAGCGUAGGCUCAUCGAGAAAAGCAGGCAUUGUGGUGAUAGAAGACGACGAUAGUCCCAGUAACGAAGCCACUCCCUCAACUGGUUCGUCAUUCGAGCGGAAGGUUUCGAGAUCCAGGUCCGUCGGCUGCGGAAGCCGGAGCUUCUCCGGCGAUUUCUUCGAGAGGAUCUCGACGGGGUUCGGGGAUUGCACUCUAAGACGUGUUGAAUCACAAAGAGAAGGAAAACCAAAUAUUUCCACCGCCUCCGUCGGAGCACCGUCAGCAAUGAAAGAAAGGGUCAAAUGCGGCGGCAUAUUCGGCGGCUUCAUCAUCACUUCAUCGUCGUCGUCGUACUGGGUAUCGUCUUCAACGGAGGAUCAGAACGUGAACGGGAGGAGUAGCAAGAGCUGGGGAUGGGCUUUUGCUAGUCCCAUAAGAGCUUUCACCAAGCCGUCUUCCGGUAAGAAAAGUAACACCACCGUCAUCAGGGAAUCGAACAAGAAAAACACAGCACCAAAUCUGUCGGCCAUUCCUUCAUUGUUAGCUGUUAGAACCUAAAUCUGUCGGCCAUUCCAGUUAAAUAGUUUUUACAUGUCAAGUAUAUCUUGGUAGAGACUUCAGUAAUGAUGUCACGUUCCUUGCUUUACAAAUAUAUGUGCAAAUAAUUUUGAUCUUCAA